CCUGCCCCAGUUACAGUAGCAUCCAGUGCUAAGAGGCAGCUACACGAACACUGUUAUCUACACCAAGAGGAGACCUCUCACACGUACUCAAAACGAGUCCGAAAGAGACGAGGGACUCACUUCGAAAUCGUGUCAGACGUGGAAGUCCCUCCCCCGGGACGAAGUGAAAUCUUCAUUUUGGUGCUGUCGGUGAUAGGAAUCAUGAAGAAUGUGAUGCACUCAUAUGGUGCCUUUGGUCUUGCAGCUCCUCAAAUAGGAAUACCCCUUCAAAUCAUCAUGGUUGAAGUCCCAGCAUAUAUUCAAAAAUAUUUUUCCUCUGAAGUAUGGAAGUCAAGAGAGAUGGAGUUGGUUCCUUUUACUGUCAUCAUAAACCCUGAAACAAGGAUCUUGAAUAAUGCAGAGGUGAAGUUCCCAGAAGGCUGUGAGUCCCUCAAGGGGUACAGUGCUGUUGUUCCUCGUUACAAAGAGGUUUCCAUUUCAGGAGGGACCAAACAGAUUGUCCUAUUGCGUACAGAACAAUUUACUCCGUCGAUCCGCUGCUCUGACCUAAGCCUCAGUUAUCUUAGCCUGAAGCCCGAUGCCGAUAAGGCUAGACAGAGUGACUCGCGAAAGGACUCAAAAAUGGAGUUCUCCGUGAGUGGUACGCGAAGUGUUAGGAAAGUCAGAUGGGAUGCACCCGUGGAAGGGGAGCGG